GAUGCUUCAAAGAAUAGUAUCCAGAAGGGCCUAUGGACUCAGAAGUUUUUCAACACAUUCAAGAGUAGCAGUGAUUGGUGGGGGAACAGCAGGGAUGUCAGCAAGUUCUCAAUUAGCUAAGAGUGGAACAUUUAAGCCUCAUGAGAUCAGCGUUUUUGAACCAAGAGACACUCAUCACUACCAACCUUCAUUCACUAUGAUUGGAGGAGGUGUUUUGGGAACAAAUGAAGCAACUGUUAAGAAGAAGGAAUACUCUCAUAUUAAGAGGCCAAUGGACUCAUUAUUCAACACUGGAGUCAACCUCGUCAAAGAGAAAGUGGUUUCAUUAGACCCAGAAAACAACUCUUUCACUACAAAUAAAGGGAAGCAUACCUACGAAUACCUCGUAGUUGCUCCAGGACUCAAGCUCAGAUAUGACCUUAUUGAAGGAGCUUCAGAAGCUCUUGACGACCCAGAUCACCCUGUUGUGUCCAUCUACAGAGAAGACUAUGCUUAUAAGACCCUCAGGCACAGAGAAAAGUUUAUUAAGGGAACUGCUCUCUUCUACCAACCUCCAUUCCCUAUCAAAUGUGGUGGUGCUCCUCAAAAGAUUUUGUAUCUCUCAGAGUCAAGAUGGAGAGAACUAGGAAGGAGAGGUAACAUUGACAUCCAGUACUACACAACAGCUAAUGUAAUGUUCCCACCUUGUCCCAAGUACUCUGAGGCCUUAGACAAAGUAAGGGCUAGCUUGAACAUUCCAGUCCACUUUGAACAUACUAUGCUGGCCAUCGAUAAAAACAAUAAGGAAGUCUUAUUCAGAAACAACGCCAAAGAUGAAGAAUACACAGUAAAAUAUGACUUCUUACAUAUCGUGCCACAGCAGACCAACCAAGAUUUUGUGAUUAAUAGCCCUCUAGCAGGAGAUGGAGGAUGGACUGCAGCUGACCAAGGAACUAUGCAGAGCCCUAAAUUUGAAAAUGUAUUUACUGUUGGAGACUCUGCAGGAGUUCCUGCUUCUAAAACAGCAGCUUCUACCUUCUCUCAGAUUCCUGUAUUGGUCAAUAACUUAGUAAAGCACGCACAAGGAGAGCCAAUGAAAGGUGAAUACAAUGGAUACGGAAGUUGCCCUCUCUUCACUGGAGACAAGAAACUCAUGCUUGCUGAGUUCAAAUAUGGAGGAGUAUCAGCGGAGACUUUCCUCAAGAGACAAGAUAUCCCAUCUAGAUUUUUCUACGAGAUGAAAAAGCACGCUUUCCCAUGGGUCUACUUCAAUCUUGUUCCAAGGGGCCAAUGGUAUGGAAAUAAGACUAUCUUCAAACCUAGAUUCUUCUAA